AUGUUGGCUGGUUCUCGGGGCGAGACAUCAACUUGGCCACAGACGUAUUAUCUGUCGUCCAAGGUUAUCGAGAUGAAGGUUCGCGAGUUGACAUGGGCGAUAUAUGUCGCGCGAGACGAACUUGAGGGGAACUUCGGCAUCAUGUCCGCAGUAGCCAACAGCCCUUUGCCAGCAAAAGGCCAGAAGUCCGGGAGAGCAAGCACUAUGGGCUGCGUCAAGGCGACCAAGCCUUCUCGUUCCCGCCACUGA